GUAGAAUGAGGACCAAGAUGGCGGACGUCGAUUCUCCUCAGAAGCUAUCAGGGGUGUCUUCGCCACCUGAAGGGGUGGGAGGAGACCGCUGCUCGGAAAUCUCCACCGAGCUCAUUUGCUCUCUGACCGAGCUGCACGAGCUGGAAGCUGUGUACGAACGGCUCUGCGGCGAGGAGAAAGUGGUAGAGAGAGAGCUAGAUGCUCUUUUGGAACAACAAAACACCAUUGAAAGUAAAAUGGUCACUCUCCACCGGAUGGGUCCCAACCUGCAGUUGAUUGAAGGAGAUGCAAAGCAGCUGGCAGGAAUGAUCACCUUUACUUGCAACCUAGCUGAGAAUGUGUCUAGCAAAGUCCGUCAGCUUGACCUGGCCAAGAAUCGCCUCUAUCAAGCCAUUCAGAGAGCUGAUGACAUCUUAGACCUGAAGUUCUGCAUGGAUGGAGUUCAGACUGCUCUGAGAAACGAAGACUAUGAGCAGGCUGCAGCCCACAUUCAUCGCUACUUGUGCCUGGACAAGUCAGUCAUUGAGCUCAGCCGACAGGGCAAAGAAGGCAGUAUGAUUGAUGCCAACCUGAAAUUGCUGCAGGAAGCUGAGCAGCGCCUCAAAGCCAUUGUCACAGAGAAGUUUGCUAUUGCCACUAAGGAAGGAGAUCUGCCCCAGGUGGAGCGCUUCUUCAAGAUCUUCCCACUGCUGGGUUUGCAUGAGGAGGGAUUAAGCAAGUUCUCAGAAUACCUUUGCAAGCAGGUGGCCAGUAAAGCUGAGGAGAAUCUACUAUUGGUUCUAGGGACGGACAUGAGUGAUCGAAGAGCUGCAGUCAUCUUUGCAGAUACACUCACUCUUCUGUUUGAAGGGAUUGCCAGAAUUGUGGAGACCCACCAACCAAUAGUGGAAACCUACUAUGGGCCAGGGAGACUUUAUACCCUGAUAAAAUAUCUGCAGGUGGAAUGUGACAGGCAGGUGGAGAAAGUGGUAGACAAGUUCAUCAAGCAGAGGGAUUACCACCAGCAGUUCCGGCAUGUCCAGAACAGCUUGAUGAGAAAUUCUACGUCAGAAAAAAUAGAACCAAGGGAACUGGAUCCUAUCCUGACGGAGGUCACCCUGAUGAAUGCCCGCAGUGAGCUGUACUUACGCUUCCUCAGGAAAAGGAUCAGCUCAGAUUUUGAGGUGGGGGACUCCAUGGCCUCAGAAGAAGUAAAACAAGAGCACCAGAAGUGUCUGGACAAACUCCUCAAUAACUGUCUCCUGAGCUGCACCAUGCAGGAGCUGAUUGGUCUCUAUAUUACCAUGGAGGAGUACUUCAUGAGGGAGACUGUCAACAAGGCUGUGGCUCUGGACACCUGUGAGAAGGGCCAGUUGACAUCCAGCAUGGUGGAUGAUGUCUUCUACAUUGUUAAGAAGUGCAUUGGCCGGGCUCUGUCUAGCUCUAGCAUUGACUGUCUCUGCGCCAUGAUCAACCUCGCCACCACAGAGCUGGAGUCUGACUUCAGGGACGUUCUGUGUAAUAAGCUGCGGAUGGGCUUCCCAGCGACCACCUUACAGGACAUCCAGCGUGGGGUGACAAGUGCAGUGAACAUCAUGCACAACAGCCUCCAGCAGGGCAAAUUCGACACUAAAGGCAUCGAGAGCACUGACGAGGCCAAGCUGUCCUUCCUGGUGACCCUGAAUAACGUGGAAGUCUGCAGUGAAAACAUAUCCACUUUGAAGAAGACCCUGGAGAGUGACUGCACCAAGCUGUUCAGCCAGGGCAUUGGAGGGGAGCAGGCCCAGGCCAAGUUUGACAGCUGCCUUUCCGACUUGGCUGCAGUGUCCAACAAAUUCCGAGACCUCUUACAGGAAGGGCUGACAGAACUAAACAGCACAGCCAUCAAGCCACAGGUGCAGCCUUGGAUCAACACCUUUCUGUCUGUCUCCCACAACAUCGAGGAGGAAGAAUUCAAUGACUAUGAGGCCAAUGACCCUUGGGUACAACAGUUCAUCCUUAAUCUAGAGCAGCAAAUGGCAGAGUUCAAGGCCGGCCUGUCCCCAGUCAUUUAUGACAGCCUGACCAGCCUCAUGACCAGCCUUGUUGCAGUUGAGUUGGAGAAAGUUGUGCUGAAGUCCACCUUCAACCGGCUGGGUGGUCUGCAGUUUGACAAGGAGCUGAGGUCACUCAUUGCCUACCUUACCACGGUGACCACCUGGACCAUCCGAGACAAGUUUGCUCGGCUCUCCCAGAUGGCCACAAUCCUCAAUCUGGAGCGGGUGACCGAGAUCCUAGAUUACUGGGGCGCCAACUCUGGACCACUGACGUGGCGCCUCACUCCUGCUGAAGUACGCCAGGUGCUAGCUCUGCGCAUAGACUUCCGCAGUGAGGACAUCAAGAGGCUGCGCCUGUAGCUGCCAGGGCUCUUGGCUCUGCUUCUCUGGCAGGGACCAGCAUGGGAAGACAGCGUCCCACAACUUCAGCUGGGAAGUGUGCAGCUUUGCAGUGAGCUGUGCAGCUUCUGCCCCAGACCUCGGAUCAAGAUGAACCCAAGGAAAGGGGCUUCAUUCUGGAGCCAAGCUUAGAAUACACAAGGCCCAAGUUUUGUUGCAGAACUAACGUGUGAUUGGAAUUGGGGUAAAGCACAUCAAAGGAUAAAACCUUAGACUAACCUUUCCUCCUGAGGAGGUAUGGUAUAGGACUUCCCUUGCAGACUAACAGUCCCUGCACCCUGUCUUUCCUGAUAAAGGGUGUUGAUUUAGAAAUAAGCUUUUCAGCAUCUGUUACUGAAACUGAAAUAGCUUGUUCACAUUUUGCCUUAGUAAUGAAAGGUAUGGAUCUCUUUUCUUCUUGCAGCUAUAUAAAAAUGACAAAACUUGAGAUAAUUCUGGGAUAGGCCCUUGAUAUUUUGGGAAGGGCCUACAAGGAUUUCAAGUAUAAAAUGCAAUGGCAGGAGGCAUCUGGAACCUUACAACCGAAAUAUGGUAGGUAGUGUCAGGCCUGGAUUGUCAAGAACUCCCUAAUUGCACCCCACUCCUUCAGAGCACUUAGCACAGCUUGUAAUUAUACAUUCAUUUGAGUGGUUAUUGAUUAAUAUUUGUCUCCAAUAGACCAUAUGACUUUUGAUAGCAAGGACCCUGUUUUUGCUCAUUUUAUCCCCAGGGCCCAAUAAAGAGUAGAUAUUUGAUA